GUGAAGCAUGGAAGAGGGGUGUGCGUAUUUGCUCGGGCGGAUAACUGAAGAAAUUCUAUUUUCCAUCUGUUCUAUUUAAUUUUUUAGUUUUUCAUGACUUUACCAAUAACCAAAUAACGUUAUACUACCAAAUGAUUUUAAUUUUAUACCGCGAAGUGUUCCUUCCAUCUUAAAAUUUAUUUUAAUCACCACUGCGGUUGUUUGUACUGCUGUUUUUAUUGUUGAUAUUCUAAUUUCAUCGUUACUCUGUGCAAAUAUUUUUGAAAAUCUUAUCUAAAACGCAAGUGUAAUAGCGAAAGAGGUUUUAUUAAGCAAAACCGUAAAUUGUAUUCGAAAUAUUACAAAAAAAAAAAAAUAAUAUUAAAAAAUACAAAUUCAAACAUGUCUGACGGUCAUGGGGAGCCGAAUCAGCUGAAUUCGAGUCGGAAAGAAAGCGUCGCAGCAGCUAAUGUGCCUAGUGAUAGUCCUGUGACGGACCCUGGACAGGUGCGUGGCGGGAAUACUGAAGCUGGUGCGGCAGGAAAAUUCGAGGGCCAGCGCGGGAAAUCGGGCGCUUUGAAAAAAUCUGCUCGGUACCGAAGCAGAUCACUUUCGGCGUCUUCUGCAGAUUCCUACAGUUCCACUUCGUAUACUGGGUCUUCAUCAGACGAAGAUGAGGGUGUCCAGCCCCAUGAGAAGGCGAUUGCAGCUGGACAGCCAAACCCAGCGUAUUGCGUCCGUAAUAUUGAGCAGCAUGCCUUCGGGAGACGGGAGAUUGAGAUCGCUGAACAGGAGAUGCCGGGAAUCAUGGCUCUUCGAGCGAGGGCUAAGGAUGACAAGCCUUUGAAGGAUGCUAAGAUAGUAGGCUGUACUCACAUAAACGCUCAAACAGCAGUGCUGAUCGAGACGCUAGCAGCGCUGGGCGCGACCGUGCGCUGGGCUGCCUGUAACAUAUACAGCACGCAGAAUGAAGUGGCAGCCGCGUUGGCGCACGCUGGUUAUGCAAUUUUCGCUUGGCGCGGGGAGAGUGAAGAAGCGUUCUGGUGGUGUAUCGACCAGUGCUGCACUCCAACAGCCACGUGGACACCAAACAUGAUCCUCGAUGAUGGAGGUGAUGCCACCCAUCUUAUGUUGAAAAAACACGCCGCGGCCUUCAAACACAUUAAGGGUAUUGUAGAAGAGAGUGUGACGGGCGUCCACCGACUCUACCAGUUGAGUAAGGCGGGCAAACUGUGCGUGCCUGCUAUGAAUGUCAACGAUUCGGUCACUAAGACAAAGUUCGAUAACCUUUAUUCUUGCCGGGAAAGUAUAAUAGACGCGUUGAAGCGCAGCACUGAUCUGAUGUUUGGUGGUAAGCAGUCAGUCGUCUGCGGGUACGGUGAGGUUGGGAAGGGUUGCUGCCAGGCCCUGAAGGCCUUGGGAUGCGUCGUGUAUGUGACAGAGAUAGAUCCAAUAUGCGCCUUACAAGCUGCCAUGGAUGGGUUCAGAGUCGUCAAAUUAAAUGAGGUGAUAAGACAAGUGGACAUAGUGAUAACUGCGACGGGCAACAAGGGCGUGGUGACCCGCGAGCACAUGGAGCGCAUGAAGAACGGCUGCGUCGUCUGCAACAUGGGCCACAGCAACACCGAGGUCGACGUACACGCGCUGCGCACCCCCGACCUGCUCUGGGAGCGAGUGCGGAGCCAGGUGGACCACAUAAUAUGGCCAAAUGGCAAGCGCAUUGUACUCCUAGCGGAAGGUCGGCUGGCCAACCUAUGCUGUUCAUCAUUACCGUCGUUCGUGGUCUCCGUGACUGCAGCGACGCAGGCCCUCGCCCUCAUCGAGCUGUACAACGCACCGCAUCAUCGGUAUAAGGCUGACGUAUACCUAUUACCAAAGAAAAUGGACGAGUAUGUAGCCAGUCUACACCUUCCCACGUUCGAUGCCCAUCUGACGGAACUAACGGACGAACAGGCAAAAUAUUUAGGCUUAAAUAAAGUAGGCCCUUUUAAACCCAAUUACUAUAGGUACUAGCAUAGAAUAGCAUAUCGCAACAAUAACGACAGACGGUGAAUAAAAAUCGCCCCGCAGUCGCCACGCAGUUGCCACGCACUCGCCACGCAGUUGCGACGCAGGUAACGUUUAGUGUUUAGUAAGUUUGCUUUGUGUAUAAAAUUGUUUAGUUUGAGUGAUUGAGGUGUUUUGUAAUUUGUAUGUUGAUAGUAUUGUUUUAGCGGGGAUGUAGCGUUUUUAUUGCGUGGCAGACACGUUUUACAUGUAGUGUCCAGUCAACUGAUGGUAGCGGUGACUGUCCAGGCGUUACACGUACUUAGGUAUCGUCAUGAGCUAAUGUUCACAUGUAAAAAGCAGCUCAUGUAGUGUAGAUGUCCAGUCAACUGAUGCUGUCCAGGCCACAUGUAAAGGAAAAGCCGAACUGUUUGAUAUGCAUGUAAGAAAAUAAUGAUAAAGUACAGAAACAAUAUCCAUCGUUUGUCUACUAAGCCGACCAAUCGUAAUAAAAGCUAUAGCUAUAUUAAACACCAUAUAAUAUCGUUAUCAAUGCGACUUUUCAAGUUAUAUGUACUUUCUAUGAUUAUUUAGACACCACUCGCAUACGGUGAAGGAAAAUAUCGUGAGGAAACCUGAACUUAUAAUUAUAAGUUUGCAAUCGACAAUCUUCCUUGAGAAAGCGUGGUGAUUAAUGCUCAAACUUUCUCCGUGUGAGCAGAGGCCUUUGCUCAGCAGUGGGCACUUAUAGGCUGGUGAUGAUGAUGAUGAUGAUGAUGAUGAUGAUGAUGAUGAUGAUGAUGAUGAAUAGAUAGAUACUGUCUGACUAAAUCUUUAUUUUCUUAAUUGCAAACUAAAUAACUGGAAAACGCUACAUACCCGCUAAAAAAUGAGUGUAAAAAUUAUUUGAAAAAAGAGUUUUAAUCACAAAAAUAUAUCAAUUAUUAGCUUUGUACAGCUUUUAAAUGGAGUUCUGAAAUAUAGCUGAAUGAAGGAUUUAGAUAGUAGGUGUUCUGUUGGGAAUUCAAUUAAAAUAUAUAGUUUGGUACGAGAAGUAUAGAAAUUAUAGAUAAGUUCAUUAUUUGUCAUGGAUUCGGUAGUAAAUGGAGGGUAAAAUAUUGAUCUAAUAAUUAAAUCUAAGUAAUUAAAGUGUGGGAGAGCCAUGCUUCGGCACCGAAUGGGUCGGCUCGACCAGAGUGAUACCACGGCCUCACAGAAGACCGGCGUGAAACAACCAUAGCGUUGUGUUUCGCCGUGUGAGUAAGGUUACCGGAGGCCUAAUCCUUCCCCGCCCCCAAUCCCUCCUCAAUCCCUAAAUCUCCAAAUCCCUAAUCCCUAAAAGGUCGGCAACGCACUCGUAAAUUCUUCGUUGCGGAUGUUGGGAUUGGGGUAGGGGAAGGAUUGGUAAUAUGUACUUUCUGAUUGUAUUUAGACAUCAUUGAUAAAUGGUGAAGAAAAACAAGUUGCGGACACCAUUUUUGAGAAGGUAAAAUAAUUAAAAGACAAAAUGAGAGGAAGUUUAAGUGUGAGAGAGCUAUGCUUCGGCACGAAUGGAUCGCCUCGACCGGAAUGAUACCACGGCCUCACAGAAAACCGGCGUGAAAUAACCAGAGUUAUGUUUCGUCGUGUGAGUGAGGUUACCGGAGGCCCAAUCCUUCCCAUCCCCAAUCCCUAAAUUUCGAAAUCCCUAGUCCCCAAAGAGUCGGCAACGCACUCGUAACUCCCUGUUACGGGUGUCCAUGGGCGGCGCUGAUUGCUUACAAUCAGGUAAUCCGUCAGCUCGUUGGCCGACCAAAAUACAUAAAAAAGUAAUCUAAGUUGUACAUAGAAAUGUUUUCUUUUUCUAUAUUAAUUUCUGCCUCGCAUGGCACACUGAUGAAUGAACUGAGUGCCUAUUUUGUUUCAUAUUUGAUUAUAAUUACAUCUUUAUGUAUAAAAAUUUCGUGUCACGUGUUUGUCCGCGAUGGACUCCUAAACAACUAAACCGAUUUUAAAUUUGAUUUGCAUUCCGUGUGCAUUUUGAUCCAACUUGAAAGAUAGGAUAGCUUACAUUUCAAUUUAUAGUCAAAAUAUUUAUUUUAUUGCAAAUUAUUUGUCCAUGUGUAAUAAAAAUUGGUUGAAAAUUGUUUUGAUGUGUAAGAGAUUCUAGUUUCAAAUAAGUCACUCUUAUUUAUAGCGUGUUUUGCCAUCCAUUUAUUACAGAAUCUGUGACUCAGGCAACAGUUUGUUGCUUACAUGUUGCCCGACAAUCGCUCUACAGGACAACUAUAAGAGAUUCUACAUAUCCCAUUACAAUGUAGACCCCUAUCUCAUGUAGCUAGAUAAAACUAUAAUAGACCCCCAACUCAUAAAGUUUCAAAACUAUCAAAUAUCUCCACCAGUACAUUUUCAAUUUUAUGACAAAAUAAUAGAGUUGAAAAUCGAUCAUAAUAGUAAAGUUAUUCAUUUUCUUACGCUCCAACCAAAAUUUGAAGAGAACGUCAAUUUGUAUGUGCGUGUAGCGAUUCUUAAACAUACAUCGUCAAUAGAAAGUGACCUUUAUUUAUAUGGAAAAUAAGUACUAAAUGAAAUUAAAGUGUACUUUUUAAAAGAAAAUAUUCAGUAAGCCAUGAACUAAAGAGCUUAAAUGCUUUCUGAAGCAGACCUUCAAGAAACUAACGCACUCCUUAAAAGGCCGGCAACGCGCCUGUGACUCAUCUGGUGUUGCGGAAGUUCCGGCAGUUUGUUGGCCUAAAAAAACAGAGGUGACCAAUACCGCCCAAUUUUUAAUUUAAGAAAAUCUUUUAGCAACAAUCCGUGGUUCUUUUCACAGAAGGCAUUCACCUAAAAUUGACUCCCUAGUAACAACAUUCCUUUCAACCAAAAGUGGUAUAAUCAGAGAUUACGUUUAGCUGAACAAUUCAAUUGAAUUGUCUCCCGUUAACCAAAUUUGGCCUAAAAUUGUAAAAGAAGUGAAAAUAAAGUAGAAAUAUAAUUGAUAUGUAUUAAUUUAAAUUGGUAAUGAUAUUUAAAUAGUGU